GUGUUGAAUGCUAUGACAAUUUGUCAGGACCAAGAUGUGGCCGUUGUCCCCUAGGCAUGGUUGGUGAUGGUAAAAUUUGCAAACCAGGAGUAACAUGUGCCGAUCGCCCCUGUUAUAUAGGCGUUCAAUGCCACGAUACAGUAAAUGGCGCCCAAUGCGAUCAAUGUCCACUUGGUUUUGAAGGUGAUGGACGUACGUGCAACAAACAGCGUAGUCCUUGCUUAGAUGGACCCUGUCCUACUGGCACCAAAUGUACCGAAUCUGUGAUUGCUCCAUACUAUCGUUGCGUUUCCUGUGGCCGCGGUGAACAAUUGAAUGGAACCACUUGUGUAGAUGUAAAUGAAUGUGAAAUGUAUCGGCCAUGUGAUAUAUUGUCGACAUGCGUCAAUCAAAGUCCCGGGUUCCGUUGUGAACCAUGUCCUUUGGGCUAUGAAGGAAUGCAUUCUUAUGGUUACUAUGCCGAGUACUGGACAAAUACCUAUCAACGUCAGACCUGUGUGGAUAUUAACGAAUGUCAAACUGGCAUGGCACGAUGCGAAGAGAAUGCUGUCUGUGUGAAUACAAUUGGUUCCUAUCAGUGCCACUGCCGAGAAGGUUAUAAACACAAUGGUACCAAUUGUGCCCCUGUUGCUGGCCUAUGUCCGGAUGGUACCAUCUGCGAUAGCAAUGCUAUGUGUUUGCUUUCGGACAAUUAUAAAUAUCGCUGUAAAUGCAAUGUUGGCUGGGCUGGCAAUGGCUUUGUAUGUGGUCGUGAUCAAGAUUUAGAUAGUUGGCCCGAUCAUCAGUUACCCUGCUCGGAAUUGCAUUGCAAUCAAGACAAUUGCCCCCAUCUGCCCAAUUCGGGUCAAGAAGAUUCCGAUCAUGAUGGUAUCGGUGAUGGUUGUGACGAUGAUGCUGAUGGGGAUUUGCUAACAAAUGACAAGGAUAAUUGCCCAUUUGUCUAUAAUGCUGAUCAAUUGGAUUCGGAUCAUGAUGGUGUGGGUGAUGCUUGUGAUAAUUGUCCAUUUGUACCGAAUCGCAAACAAUUGGAUACGGACAAUGAUGGUUUGGGCAAUGAUUGUGAUGAGGAUAUUGACAAUGACACAGUGGUCAAUGCCUAUGAUAAUUGUGUAUUGGUGGCGAAUACAAAUCAAUUGGAUUUUGAUGGUGAUGGUAUUGGUGAUGUUUGCGAUAAUUGUCCAAGUAUUUCGAAUCCAUCUCAAGAGGAUCGUGAUAAUGAUUUACUGGGUGAUGCCUGUGAUAGUGAAAUUGAUGGUGACAAUGAUGGUGUUCAGGAUAGUGAAGAUAAUUGUCCAAUGGUUAGCAAUGCCGAUCAAUUGGACACGGAUAGUGAUGGAAAGGGUGAUGCUUGCGAUGAUGAUAUGGAUGGUGAUGGUAUACCCAACUAUCGAGACAAUUGUCCAUUGGCCAAAAAUCCCAAUCAAUUGGAUUUGAAUAGUAAUGGCAAAGGAGAUCUCUGUGAAUUCGAUGAAGACGACGAUGGCACACCAAACAUAAUCGACAAUUGUCCAAAUAAUUCCAUGAUUUACUCCACCGACUUCCGAGCCAUACGUUCCGUGAUUUUAGAUCCCGAAGGAGAAGCUCAACUCGAUCCCAAUUGGGAGGUACAUGCCAAUGGCUCGGAAAUUAUACAAACUUUAAAUAGUGAUCCUGGCCUCGUUGUGGGUCAUGACGCAUUUGGUGGCGUCGAUUUCGAAGGCACUUUCUAUGUCAAUGAUGACACCGAUGAUGAUUAUGUCGGUUUUAUAUUCAGCUAUCAAAGUAAUCGUAAAUUCUAUAUUGUCAUGUGGAAAAAGAAUACCCAAACCUAUUGGCAUUCGACACCAUUCCGUGCCUCUGGUGAACCGGGCAUACAAAUUAAAUUAGUCGAUAGUAUAACCGGACCGGGCUCAAUGCUGCGCAACAGUUUAUGGCAUACAGGAGAUACCAAGGAUCAGGUGCGUCUAUUGUGGAAGGAUCCCAAAAAUAUGGGUUGGAAAGAGAAGACAUCAUAUCGUUGGUCUUUGCUACAUCGUCCGGCUAUUGGUCUCAUACGUUUGCGCAUGUUUGAGGGGGAUCAUAUGGUCUUGGAUUCGGGUAAUGUUUAUGAUUCGACGUUGAAAGGCGGCCGCUUGGGUGCCUUCUGUUUCUCACAACAAAUGAUUAUUUGGUCGGAUCUGAUAUACAAGUGUAAUACUCGUGUUCCUGCCUUGGUUUACAAUGAAUUACCCGCCCAUUUGAAACAUAAAGUUGAAAUUGAUAGAUAAUUUUUUUAA